ACAACUUCCAUAAAAGCCAAACCGACUAUUGACGGCGCAGGUCAUCAUUGAACCUGGGAACCGCCCGGCACUUUGGCAAUCAUUCCCGUAUGCAGACGUAAGUAUAGAAGGAGAACGAUGAUGGAUUAUCACGCAAUCCACGGCCACGACAUUUCAAACCUCGAUCUGCCAUCAAUGCAUCGGCUUCCUACCGUGUCGGCUGCGCAGGCGUUGCAAGAGUUGGAAGGGAGCGACAGCAACUUCAUCGCAACUGGCCUUCCGUCCCUUGAUGCCGCCCUCGGCUCUGCCCUGGAAGACGCGGCCCAUCCAACGGGAGUGCAGAAGGGCCAUGUGACAGAGAUCUGGGGUCCGCCAGGUGUCGGAAAAACGGCGUUCGGGUACGCUGCAAACCUCAGGCUCAAUACCGUUCCUCUGCUGAUCUGCUUCAGUGUUCAGCUGGCUUCAAACUGUCUCGGUGAAGGCCGACGGGUUGUCUGGGUAGACGGAUUCCAUCGCUUGCCCAUCGAGCGCCUGCGUACUGUUGUCGCCACCGGGGCCACAGGGGACGAAGAUGCGGGCCUCGAUCGCUUAGACGGCUUCACUCACUACACAUGCCCGAGCCUGCCGCACCUGAUUGCGCUACUCUGCAGACCUACCGCCGCCCUCAUUCCACAAGGGGCCGCUCUCAUAGUGGUCGACUCAGUCUCUGCCCUGGUCAACCAUGCUUUCCCAAAGCUACCUGAAACACGCCCGGCCACCGAUGCAAAGGGCAGCAGAGGACCUUCGGCCACGGCAAGGCGCCUGCAGGUACUUCAGUACAUUGUCAGCAGCCUCCAGAAGCUUGCGGCAACGCGAGACUUGGCCGUUGUGAUUCUCACGCAGUGUGCCACCAAGAUGCAGGCCGAACGUGGUGCGACCCUGAUCCCGGCCCUCAAUGCCAAUGUGUGGGAGCAGGGGAUGUCGACCAGGCUCGUCUUAUUCCGCAACUGGCUUUGCACAGAUUCCGAGUUACGCGGGCUUCACUUGGUGGCGAUCCAGAAGUUGAAUGGCAAGGGGGUAACGCACUCUUUCAAUAAAGUCUACGCCUUUAGGGUGGAAAAGCGCGGCCUGGUUCCGGUCGAGUACGAUAAUACCCAGCAGUCAACCACGCUUACUACUAACCCGGCGCCGAAGCGGAAGCUUGGGGAUACCGACUUUGAGAUCGCCGACAGCGACGAUGAGUCCUACGGCUGGGACGAUGACGAGGAGCUGCCACCCAUGCCGUCACAGUGGCAGGGAAGCGAGGACCUCUUGCUCGUCCGAGAGCCGGGAAGUGAAGACGAAGACAAGAUAACUGAUGACCAGCCUCUGGAUGCCCUUGGAGACAAAGGUCAAUGGCCAGAGAACGGCGAGGACCUAACCGAUGGGGAGAGCCGGCCAGGCCGCGGACCAAGCCCCUGA